AUGUCCCCUCCAGCUGGCGCAAACGAGAAGGAGUCGGGCCUCGCCCGUGUGCUUGGUUCCGGUUCUGCUGGUAUCGCCGAGCUCGCCGUUUUCCACCCUGUCGAUACCAUUGCCAAGCGACUCAUGAGCAACCAGACCAAAAUUGCCAAUGCCAGCGAGCUCAACAAGGUCAUUUUCAAGGAAAAGGCCUCGGCGCCUAUCGGUCGCAAGUUCUUCUCCCUCUUCCCCGGUCUUGGCUACGCUGCCGGCUACAAGGUCCUUCAACGCAUAUACAAGUAUGGAGGUCAGCCUGUCGCCCGUGACUGGCUCAGCGUGCACUACGGAAAGGACUUUGAGAAUACGUUCGGCAAGAAGACUGGCAAGGCCAUCAUGCACUCCACUGCUGGCAGCUUGAUCGGUAUCGGUGAAAUCGUCCUCCUGCCGCUCGAUGUUCUCAAGAUCAAGCGCCAGACCAACCCGGAGGCUUUCCGUGGUCGUGGUGUCCUGAGAAUUAUCGGUGACGAAGGUUUCGGAUUAUACCGUGGUUGGGGCUGGACUGCUGCCAGAAAUGCCCCUGGUUCCUUUGCUCUGUUCGGUGGUUCUGCCUUUGCCAAGGAGUACCUCUUCCAUCUGUCGGACUAUAACAAGGCCACUUGGUUCCAGAACUUCGUGGCAUCCAUUGCUGGUGCCUCUGCCUCUCUCGUCGUUUCCGCUCCUCUCGAUGUUAUCAAAACUCGUAUUCAAAACCGCAACUUUGAGAACCCCGAGAGCGGUUUCCGCAUUCUGUCUAAUAUGGCCCGCAACGAAGGCUUCUCCAGUUUCUUCAAGGGUCUUGUGCCCAAGCUCCUCAUGACUGGCCCCAAGCUGGUCUUUUCCUUCUGGCUAGCUCAGACCUUGAUUCCGGCCUUCGAUGUCAUGUUCCGAAAGUAA